CAAAUUUCACGACCUAGUCUAUAAUUUCUAAUGUGCGAAGACAACACAUAAAAGUCUGAUAAAACGUCAAACUAGCUGUUUGAUUUUCUCAGAAAAACAUAGAAGACUUGUUCUAUUAUUUGACUGAAGCCUUGUAGCAUAUAUACUUGAUAAAACAAUCCGAUACCAAAAUGAAGCAAUUAGAUUUGUUCACGAACCUACCAUCACACAUCAUCAUCGACAUCCUCUCCAGACUCCCCAUCGCAACCAUCAUUCGAUGCAAGUUCGUGUGCAAGCCAUGGCUCCAUCUUCUCCAAUCCCACGAAUUCGUCGCCCACCAUCUCUCCACAUCCGCACCCGCCCUCGCCGUCACCCACCACGAUUACACCUCAUCAUCAUCACAAAUAAUAUUCUACGAAUUCCAAGAUGAUCACCUCCAUCUUGAGCACCACCAUCUUCACUACAAUCCGCUCAUCACUAUCAAUUUCGAACUUCCUUAUAACAAAAUCACUCAGGGCUCAGUCAACGGCUUCCUCUUCUUGCGCGACCUCAACGUCAGGCCUAACGCUCUCUACAUAUGCAAUCCGAUCACCCGCGAAUAUACCAAAAUCCAUACACCUCAAGAAUUCAACUACACGUACCCUCAAGUAGUCACGUUCGGAUUCGGAUCAAGCAGAGUGAGUAGCCAGCAUAAGGUGGUUAGGGUUUUCCACGAAUGCAUACGCGACCAAGAUACCUACAAAGUGUUAGCUAUUCCGAAAUCCGAGUGCCACGUGUACACCCUCGGAGCCGGAUCAUGGAGGAGUGUGUUACCCCCUUCCGCUCCGAUGUUGCACAGUUGCCGCUCCAUCGGGGCGUUUCUGAAUGGGAAUCUUCACUGGCUAGUCUUCGAUUUAGAUUAUAAGCCCAUGAUUUCUUGCUUUGAUCUUGAAACGGAGCUAUUCAGCACCUUCUCUGCUCCUCAGAUUCAUCGUGGAAGGUUUCUAGUGGAUGUGUUCGCGUUGGGGGAUUGUCUGUGUGUGUGCGAUAACUCGUCGGACGAUGAGAUUGUUGUGUGGUUGAUGAAGGAAUAUGGAGUCGACAAGUCUUGGACGAAAGAAUACGUUAUCAACAAAACUGGGGAUUUGAGUGGUGAGUGUUAUGAAGUUGUUCGACCUAUCAAAGUGUUCAAAGAUGGGGACGUGCUGAUGGCGUGGGGAGAAUUCUCCCUCUGCUACUACUCCAACAAGAUGAAAAAUAUCAACAUGUUUGCCGGCGACGUCGAUUCAAUCCUUCAUACCCCCACUUUUCUCUCUCUCAGAAGCUUCGGAAUGGAGAAUGUUAGCUCCUUCUGAUUUUUUUUGCUUCCAAACAUUAUUGAAAUUUGAUGCGUAUAUGUAUAUCAAUAUGAUGGUUAGAGAUGGAGCGAAAUUUACGGAUCGAUAGAUCCAAAAACCCGCAUUUUUCCAAGUCGAAUUCAGAAUCGCCAUUAUGGUACCUCAAAAACGAUCACCUACCCACCGUGGGCAUGCAUAACGUGCCUACCAUGA